UCCUCUCCUAAUCUUCACUUUCACAGCUUCCCUUUUUCUCAAAUCCUACUCUAAUCCAUUCCCAAAGUCAGUUUAACGAAAAAUCAGAGGGUAAAACGGGAAAUUGGGUUUAGUUAUAUAUCAAAAGAUCGCAUCACAUUACGCCGAGAAAUACAAGAAAACCGGCCCAGAAAAAUAAGAUGAGAUGGAGAAAAAGCCGAUCCGAGCGAGCAAGGUGGUGUCACGUGCGGACGUCAUAAAUUAAAUUCCCGUCGGCAAAUUUUGAAAAAGAAGACUUAACAAUCAAGCUAAUUUUUUUGCCGACGUGGAUAUAUCCGUCACCGUGUCUUCAGAUACCCUCUUUUUUGAGUUGAAGACACGCAAAAGGCCAGUAGACUCAAUACAGGUGGCAAUCCGAGCUGGACAUACGAACUACCCAGAUCGAGGGAUCAAAUGACACGUGGCAUUAAUAAAUGUUGACAAAUGGGAAUGUGUUGAACGAAAUGGAAUCAAGGGCUGACUAAUUGGGCGGGCGUUACUUAAAUAGUGGCGUCGUUUCUAUAUUACUAUAAAAAUUCAAAAAUAAAUAAAAGAUUUUAAAUAAAUGUAAUAUUUUCGGUAACAUAAUUAAUGCGUGUAUAUAUAAAGGGAGCAUUAGAAGAAGGGAAGGUAAAGACCAAGGCGGUGGUGCUUCAUCUCUUUUAUUCUAGAAACAAAAGAAAAACAAGGGAAAACAAGAUUUUUGCAGAGUAUUUGGCAUUUGGGUCCUUGUUGUUUGAUUCAAACCAGCCGUCUUCUUUCAAGAUAUAUAAAGGGUUUGUAUAGUUAUUAGUCAAGUUUUCAAUCUUUUUUGGGUUCUUCAAGAGACAGAAAAUUAAGAAGAGGAAGAGAAAAUAUGGAGUGGCAUGCUUGUCUUGAUGAAUAUGAGAAGCUUGUGAUAAGGAUGAGUACUCCCAGAGUGGUCAUUGACAAUGCCGUUUGCCCCACUGCAACUCUUGUCAAGGUUGACAGUGCUAGAAGACACGGGAUUUUGCUAGACGCUGUUCAAGUUUUAACAGAUCUGAACCUUUCAAUUAAGAAGGCUUACAUUUCAUCUGAUGGCCAAUGGUUCAUGGAUGUUUUCCAUGUGACUGAUUUAAACGGAAACAAAUUAACUGACGAAAGCGUUAUUAGUUACAUCGAGCAGUCCCUUGAGACCACUGAUCCUGAUAGAAGCCAUGAGUUUGAUGGUUUAACUGCAUUGGAAUUGACUGGAACCGAUAGAGUUGGUCUUUUAUCGGAAGUAUUUGCAGUUUUAGCUGAUCUACAAUGCAAUGUGGUCGAUGCUAAAGUAUGGACUCACAAUGGUCGAAUCGCUUCUUUGAUUUAUGUGAAAGAUUGCAAUUCAGGGUCUCCAAUCGAGGACUCGCAACAGAUUGACAGAAUCGAAGCACGUUUAAGGAAUGUUUUGAAAGGUGACAAUGAUAUUCGUAGCGCAAAGACUUCGGUUUCUAUGGCUGUAACCCACACCGAAAGAAGGUUACAUCAAAUGAUGUUUGCAGAUCGUGACUAUGAUAGAAAGCCUAUUUUGCAACAUAAGGCAGAUUUACCUGUGGUCACCGUGCAAAAUUGGGUCGAAAGGGGUUAUUCAGUUGUGAAUGUUCAGUGCAAGGAUCGAACCAAGCUUCUCUUUGAUGUUGUUUGCACAUUAACAGAUAUGCAAUAUGUUGUGUUUCAUGCAACUAUCAACACAACUGGGGAUAAAGCAUAUCAGGAAUUCUAUAUUAGGCACUCGGACGGAACCCCAAUUAGCUCAGAACCUGAAAGACAACGCGUAAUCCAAUGCUUGCAAGCUGCAGUUGGAAGGAGAGCAUAUGAGGGUGUAAGGCUGGAGUUAUGCACAGUAGAUAGGCAGGCUCUAUUAGCAGAUGUGACCCGAACGUUUAGAGAGAACGGUCUUAACGUAACAAGAGCCGAAAUAUCAACCACGAGGGACGUGGCUCUAAACGUUUUCUACGUAACCGAUGCAAUCGGGAACCUAGCUGAUCCAAAAACCAUUGAAGCCGUAAGACAAAAGAUAGGUUUGGGAAAGUUAAAGGUAAAGGAAUUGCCAUUGGUAUAUCAAGAAAAGGCAGAAAGGGAGGAGCAAGCAGUAGGAGUUGGUGGGACAGUGUUGUUAUCACUUGGGAGCAUAGUGAGAAGGAAUCUCUACAAUUUGGGGUUGAUUAAAUCUUACUCUUGAAUGGUAUUUUGAGAGAUUCAAAGGUAUAUUGGGUUGGCAAAUUGGAAUUAUUCUUUGCUUUCAGGUUUUGAUUUGGCCUUUGUGUACAUAUGAAAAAGAAAAAGGGUGGAAUUUGGUGAUA